AUGGCUUCGUCCCAGGGCAAGCAGGACCUGAAACUGGCCGACUGGAUGGCCGCCCUGCCGGAGAGCGUACACGACGCCCCGCUCACUAACCUCGCCAUCCCAGGAUCUCAUGACUCGUUCAGCUUCUACAUAGACGAAGCCUCCCCCGUUGGCCCGGAACAGCCAGAGACCGUCCAGAAUUUUGUCUCCGUGUUCGGGACGGUAGCCAAAAAGCUCAUGAGGAAGUGGCUGGCUACUCAAACGAUGAAUUUUACCGGCCAGCUGGGGGCCGGGAUCCGGUAUUUCGACCUCCGGAUCUCCACCAAGCCCCGGGACCCGGACAACGAACUCUAUUUUGCCCACGGCUUGUUCAGUGCCAAAGUCAAGGAGGGCCUGGAGGAGAUCAAUGAGUUCCUCACCGAUCACCACCAAGAGGUGGUCUUCUUGGACUUCAACCAUUUCUACGGGAUGCAGAAAUGUCACCACGAAAAACUGGUCCAGAUGCUGAAAGACACAUUUGGGAACAAAAUGUGCCCAGCUAUUUUUGCCCAAGAAGUCAGUCUAAAGUACCUGUGGGAGAAGGAUUACCAAGUCCUAGUCUUCUACCACAGCCCUGUGGCUUUGGAGGUUCCCUUUCUCUGGCCCGGGCAGAUGAUGCCGGCGCCUUGGGCAAACACGACCGACCCAGAAAAGCUGAUCCAGUUUCUCCAAGCGUCAAUCACCGAGAGAAGAAAGAAGGGCUCGUUUUUUAUUUCUCAGGUGGUGCUCACUCCCAAAGCGAGUACUGUGGUCAAGGGGGUCACCAGUGGGCUCAGAGAAACCAUCACAGAAAGAGCACUCCCAGCCAUGAUGCAGUGGAUCCGGGCCCAGAAGGCGGGAGAGAGCGGGAUCAAUAUCGUCACUGCGGAUUUUGUAGAACUUGGUGAUUUUGUCAGCACGGUCAUAAAACUCAACUAUCUGUUCGACGAAGAAGAAGCCAACACCACUUGAUAGAACUGUCUGUGUUCAUUGUGUAUGGAAUCGAGAUGGUAUAUUGAAUUAGGCGUAUUCUCUUCUAACAUACAGAUCUUCCUACACCACUGAGUUUGAGGUAUUUUGGGUUUGUGGCGGGUGGGGAAAGGGGAAGCAUUUUUUCAGUGAUCACACCAUGAUUGGCAUUCAUAUCAAUGUUUGUUUUCCAUCAGAGGAGCAAACCAGGUUCUGCAUUAUGGGAUUCGGGAUACAAAGAUCAGGUUUUCCACGUUUAAGUCCUGAGCCUUACAGUUCAUUGUCAAGGAAUUCUCUAUUUUCAAAAUUUGGACAUAUGCAAAGCCGGACGAUGAUUUAAAACUGAAACUUCUCUCGGCAUUAAGGUGGAGGAAUGGCAGCUUAGAACUCAACCGAUCAGAUGCCACACAUCCCCUGAAUUGAAUGGAGGGGUUCAGAUGUGUUACUUUGGCAGACUGAAUUCACACUGCAGGCAUGACCUUAUAGUCAACAGCAAACGGGCAGACACAGACCUAUUCUUAACUCCUAGACAAUAUUUACCCAGAGAUGUACACCUCUUUCAGCUAUCCGUCAGUCCAUCCACCACCAUCGAUUUGUGUGCAGUGAAGAUGUGGUUGUGGCGUCUUCAGUGUCUCUAUUUAAGGCAGCUAUAAAUUUCACUUUCCUCUGGGGAAAAAUUUGCUUAGAAAAAUGCUUAUUUGAAGGUAGAAAUCUCUUAAUGGAUGACAGAUGACAUUUACUAUUCUCCUACUGCUGGGAAGUUGCUGAACGAGAGUAGGUAACUUGAGAUCAGAAACCCAAGGUUUCCUGUUGCCAAAGAAGAUGGAUGUACUUUCUCCACCCUGAUUGACUAAAAACUCAAACUUGCUGAUCCAUACCUGUGAGUCUCCCCCACUGCAGAAAGGAAGGGCCCAGAGGGUUUUCAAAAAAUUGGAUCCAAUCUGCAGAUGAAGUGGAUGUUGGCUUUAUGGGAGUAUUUCUCCCCUACCCCAUCCCCAGGAUCAGAAGGCUAAGUGCUAAAUGGUGAAGUUCAUUAGCAGAGAGAGACUUUGGGUCCAUUUAUCCAUUUCUCGCUCUGGUAGCUACAAUCCCACAUGGCUGGCUACACAAUGGAAUUCAGUCAAUCCAUCAGUCGUAUUUAUUGAGUGCUUAUUGUGUGCAGAGCACUGUACUAAGCCCUCAGGAAA